CACUACAGGUAAAGUCAAUUUUUAUUUUAAAAACAAAAGCUUUUUUUUCAUUUAUUUAGGUUGGUAAAAUACCUAAUGAACUUGAAGCAUUACAAACGCAAUUAGACGAAAGUGCAAAACAAACAGCAGCUAUGCUAGUUGAUAUUGAAAUUUAA